AUGCGUACCUUCAACUUGUUCAAAACCUUCGCAAUUCUCACGCUCAUCAGUCGAUCCGAGUGCGACCACGUGGCGUUGGUAAGUUGCGCGGAGGAUGCGGACUGUCUGUCACGACUGGAUGCUUCUAUCGUGGAUGUAAUACGCGCGAAUUUGCACAACGCAACCGACCCUUGCGAGAACUUUUGGGACUAUGCUUGCGGAGAGUGGACUGCCGCGCCUUACUACAAUCACGUGGAUAAUUUUGGUGCUGUGGGCAAUUACUAUGCACAAAAAUUGCAAAAGUAUCUAAAGGACGCUAGCUUUAAAGGGCACGCAGACACGGAAAUUAUGUUUCUGCUCAGAAAGGUUGAACAUUAUUACACAACUUGUACAGGAGUAAAUACUUACUAUCUAAAACUGGAUAAUUACUUUAAAGAGCUGGUGAACAGAGAACCUCGUCUAAGAUGGCUGGACGAACUGAGGAUUUCUUUGAAUGGCGAUAAGUGGUCCACGGAGGAUUUUGAUUGGCUUUCCGCGAUCGCUGAUUUACGUCGCUUUGGUUUCAAUGGUGUUUUUCUGCAUGAAACUGUAAACUGGGCCUACAAUGAUUCUGCGCGCUAUGUGAUUGAGUUGCGGUUGCCUUAUGAAGGGGAAGCCUUCAAAAAUAAACGAGAAAUACUAGGCGCAAUCGUUGAACUUUGUCCAGAUUGUGAACAAGAGGUAAAGAAAUAUGAGCAACUAGCUACGGUGGUCUAUGCGUUUGAGACAGAAAUACAGGCCUUGAGGAAAAAAUAUGAAAACCAGGUGGUACUAAGACGGAACUUAAUGGGAGAUGGUGUGACACAGUGUGAAGAUGAGGCCAUACUUACGCUAGGGGCAUUACAUGCAGUUAUGCCGCACUUUGGCUGGUUUCAGUAUUUCAGCAAUCUCUUGAAACGUGCACCGCUCCCAACACUCCCCAUUCAGUUAGUUGGUUUAUCCUACAUGCACAACCUAGAAAAAUUGCUAUCGAAAACAGACGCAGAUACCAUCGCCUGGUAUAUUUUGUUUCAUCUCACUCACCUGCUCCAACAAAUGGCUCCUCAAAUUACGCCAAAAAAUUGCUUUGACCAUAUUGCCGCACUUAUGCCCCUAGGCGUGGAUUACCUCUUCGAUCGUUAUCUCUACGAAACGCGUGUCGCGGAUGAAAUGACACUUGGGCGCAUAUUCACCAGAUUAAAAGCGAGAUUUUCGCGAUACUUGGUAGCUAAUAAAUUUCGAUUGUCUCCCUUGGAGCGCUCAUAUCUUCAAGACAAACUUUCAACCAUGAAUUUGCGGCUUGGAAAUCUGCCAGCGCGCAUGUCAGCCGCUCACUAUAAUGCAUACUAUGCAGACGCCAACCUCAGCGCUACUAAUUUUUAUCACAACCACCUCGAAAUGCUUCGUUUUCGCACACAACAACAACAUUCCAAUCUACUUAUCGGUGAUGGGCGGCUCUGUCCCAAUACCUUCUACGUUUACGACGAUAUACAGACUGCUCGCAAUGCGCCCUACUUUGUGCAUCAGCGCAACUUGCUUAUCGUGCCAAUGAUUUUCCUUCAUCUGCCCUUCUAUGACCAUCGCUCACAUCCGUUGUUACAAUACAGCCUCGGCGGCUGGAUACUCGCACAUGAACUUAGUCACGCUUUCGAUACAUCGGGUAUUAUUUUCGAUAGCUUGGGUAAUGAAAAUCCUGCUGGUGAGAUGAUUCUUGCGAAUAUUGGUGUUCAGAGUAGUCUUCGAUGUUUCAUGCGUACGCCCACCGCAGCACUCAUCGAACGCAUAGCCGAUGUUAGCGGAAUGCAGUUGGCAUAUGAUGUAUAUUUUGGUGGGGACGAAGGAGUUGCGGAAAGAGACAGACUUGUGCCGGAAUUCAGCUCGCAGCAGUUGUUCUUUUUAAAUUUUGCUCAGUUCUUUUGUGGCUCACUACCACAUCCUAUUGCGCAUGAUCGAGAUGAUGUGCGGGUCAUAGAAACGUUGGCGAAUAUGCCAGAGUUUGCGACGGCUUUUCGAUGCGCUCCUGAUACCAGAGAGCAUCCGUUUCCGCAGUGUGCAUUGUGGAGAGUGUGA